AUGCGUUCAGCUGUUGGUGUCUGUGUUUGCGUGCAAAUUUUACUUGUCAUCGUUGUCCCAAACUAUGCAGUGGAUUUUCCUAAAGGUCCCGGAUGUGGUGCGCUUCUUACAGACAACCUUGUCAAUUACACGACUAAAGUAAAGUCUUCUUAUAAUGACAGCUUUGAUGAAAGUCAUAUUUUUCUGAAUAGUACAGGGGCUUGGUGUGCAUUGUGGGAUCACGGACUUGCGUAUCCAGAGUUCACUUUCGAUAAGCAAGUCAACAUUUCUGUAUUUGCAUAUCAAGGGCGAAGUAACAGCCAAGACUAUGUCACGAAGCUCUUUAUUUACUUCAGACGUAUCAAUUCAUGGAAUGUCUUUUGGUGCCAUUAUCCAACGGAUGAUAACGUUGAGUAUUUUGAUUACGCACCGACCACCGAUGGAGACGAAAUUGCGUACUUCCCUCUGGAUGGACUGGUGGCUCAGCAAGUAAGGAUUAGAGUUCAAACAUGGAAUAAAAUCUGCAUGCGGGUUGAGUUAUAUGGAUGUGUAGUAGUAAAUGGGGGAUUCUCGAAUUGGUCAGAUUGGACUCGGUGUUCCAAUCCAUGUGGUAACGGAACCAGUUUUCGAAACAGAACGUGUACCAAUCCCGCUCCGCUUCAUGGCGGAAAGUAUUGCGAGGGAGACUUUAACGAGACGAUGGACUGUGUGGGAAAUGAGUGUCCAGUAAAUGGGGGAUUCUCGAAUUGGUCAGAUUGGACUCGGUGUUCCAAUCCAUGUGGUAACGGAACCAGUUUUCGAUACAGAACGUGCACCAAUCCCGCUCCGCUUCAUGGCGGAAAGUAUUGCGAGGGAGACUUGUACGAGAUGAUGGACUGUGAAGGAAAUGAGUGUCCAGUCAAUGGAGGCUUCUCCGAUUGGUCCGAAUGGAAUACCUGCAGUGUGACCUGUGGGACCGGAUUCCAAUUACGUCAACGAAAUUGCACCAAUCCCCCUCCGGCGCAUGGUGGGCAAAAAUGUGACAGCGAAGAUUUCACAGAAGUGCGAAACUGCACAGCGUCAGCAUGCUAUGCAAAAGUUGAUGGAGGUUUUUCAGAAUGGUCUAACUGGACUACUUGUAGUGCGUCGUGUGGGAGUGGAUUCCAAUUACGUUAUCGAAACUGUACCAGUCCCCUUCCAGCGCAUGGAGGAAAAAGUUGUGAGAGCAGGAAUUUUACAGAUGUGCGAACAUGUUUGAUGGGCGCUUGCAACUUGCCAGUUGAUGGCGGUUUUUCUGAAUGGUCCAAUUGGACCGCUUGUGGUGUUGUGUGUGGAACUGGAUUCCAAUUACGUCAUCGGAACUGCAACAGUCCUUCUCCGGCUUAUGGAGGAAAAAGUUGCGAAAGCAAGAAUUUCACAGAAGGGCGAACAUGCGCGAUGGGACCUUGUCAGUUACCAGUUGAUGGAGGUUUUUCUGAAUGGUCCGACUGGACAACUUGUAGUGUUUCGUGUGGGAGUGGAUUCCAAUUACGUUAUCGAAACUGUACCAGUCCCCCUCCAGCACAUGGAGGAAAAAGUUGUGAGAGCAGGAAUUUUACAGAUGUACGAACAUGUUUGAUGGGCGCUUGCAACUUGCCAGUUGAUGGCGGUUUUUCUGAAUGGUCCAAUUGGACCACUUGUAGCGUUGUAUGUGGAACUGGAUUCCAAUUACGUCAUCGAAACUGCACCAGUCCUUCUCCGGCUUAUGGAGGAAAAAGUUGCGAAAGCAAGAAUUUCACAGAAGGGCGAACAUGCGCGAUGGGACCUUGUCAGUUACCAGUUGAUGGAGGUUUUUCAGAAUGGUCCAACUGGACAAACUGUAGUGUGCCGUGUGGCACUGGAUUCCAACUACGUCAUCGAAACUGUUCCAGUCCUCCUCCGGCGCAUGGAGGACAAGGUUGUGAAAGCAAGAAUUUUACAGAAGGGCGAAUAUGUGUGAUGGGACCUUGUCAUGUACCAGUUAAUGGUGGUUUUUCUGAAUGGUCUAACUGGACAACUUGUAGUGUGUCGUGUGGGACUGGAUACCAAUUACGUCAUCGAAACUGUACCAGUCCCCCUCCGGCGUAUGGAGGACAAGAUUGUGAAAGUGGGAAAUUCACAGAAGGGCAAACAUGUGUUAUGGAAGCUUGCCGACUGCCAGUUGAUGGCGGUUUUUCAGAAUGGUCCGACUGGACAACUUGUAGUGUUUCGUGUGGGAAUGGAUUCCAAUUACGUCAUCGAAACUGUACAAGUCCCCCUCCAGCACAUGGAGGAAAAAGUUGCGAAGGCAAAAAUUUCACAGAUGUGCGAAACUGUUCGACAACAGAAUGCUAUUCAAAAGUUGAUGGCGGUUUUUCAAAAUGGUCUGCUUGGACCACAUGUAGUGCAUCGUGUGGGACUGGACUUCAAUUACGUUAUCGAAACUGCACCAAUCCCCCUCCCGCUCAUGGAGGGAAAAACUGCGAGAGCAGAAAUAUCUAUGAAGGGCGAUCAUGUAAUAUGAAAGCUUGCCAAUCAGAUGUGGGUUUUGUUAACGCUAAUACCGGCGCUGGUGGACCAGGAGACGAAGGGGAGCAUGGCAGCAAUGAAUACUUUGUUGCGAUGAUAGUUUUCGCAGUGGCUCUCGCACUUUCCAUCCUAAUUGGUAUCACUGCAUGCUAUGUGCUACGCGAUCAAUCUUCUAGAACCAGGAACAUUGCACGAGUUGAAAAUACACGACUUGAUGGUAAAUUUGUUUAUGUGAUGGACGCAAUGAAGACCUGAAGCAAAGGAGUCUGAGGACACAAUGUUCCCGUGAAAAUUCUUUCUUUAUCACUGCAUUUUCUUAUACGAAAGCAAAAUAACAACAGCAAAUUCAUUCCCAGUUAAAUCCGUGCAUGUGCACUUAGUUUACACGUGAGUGCACUUAUCUAGUCAUUGUAAAAUAUUCUGCAAAUUGAAUAAAUAUUCACACAACCAAAACAA